AUGGCCCUGUGUCUUGGACAAGUCUUCAGCAAAGAUAAGACAUUCAGACCACGGAAGCGUUUUGAGCCAGGGACCCAGCGAUUCGAGUUAUAUAAGAAAGCACAGGCUUCACUGAAGUCGGGUCUGGACCUGCGAAAGGUGGUGCAGCUACCCGAGGGGGAGAGCAUAAACGACUGGAUAGCCGUGCACGUGGUGGAUUUCUUUAACCGAAUCAACCUGAUCUAUGGUACUGUGAGCGAGUUCUGCACUGAGCGAAGCUGUCCUAUCAUGUCCGGUGGUCCACGUUACGAGUACAGGUGGCAAGAUGGUGAUCAGUAUAAGAAACCCACCAAGUUACCGGCGCUCAUAUACAUGAAUUUACUCAUGGAUUGGAUAGAAACAUUAAUAAACAACGAGGAUAUCUUCCCCACUCGAGUAGGUGUUCCGUUCCCCAAGAACUUCCAGCAGGUGUGCAAGAAGAUUCUAAGCCGGCUCUUCCGAGUAUUCGUGCACGUGUACAUCCACCACUUUGACAGCAUCUGUAGUAUGGGUGCUGAGGCUCACAUCAAUACCUGCUACAAACACUACUAUUACUUCAUCUCAGAGUUUAGCCUCAUCGAACAGUCCGAGCUAGAGCCCCUGAGAGAAAUGACAGAAAGAAUCUGCAACUGA